AAAUCUAAUCAAUAGUGAUAAUUCCAUUACGAUUAAUGAAAUUAAUACACCUACUAUAAAUACUGCAAGUGAAAUUUAUGAAACAAGUAAUAGUUUUAUGGACGGAAUUGAACAAAAAUAUGCAAGACUACAUCAAGUUUUAAGCGAG